AAUACCAGCUAAAUUCAAAAACACAAAAGAAUACACACAAGUCACGAGGAGCAAGCAAAACCCACGUUACCUGCUACUACUGUUAUUGCCCAAACAUGUACCCAAACUCAGAUCCCAAAUCUCACUUACCCUUGUUAACCUUUUGUUAGCACCACCACUUUUUUCAAACAAAAUGAACUACAAUCACCCUUCACUUUCCCUUAUGUUUCCGGUAACCCUUGUUCUAUUGCUUCUAAUACCCAUUCAAACUCUAUCGGCCACCCGGCCCGGCUUCGUUUACACUCGAAACAGAGGAAGAUGCACUCCCCAGUAUUGGAGCAGUAGGCGAGAGGCGUGGCCGAGGAUGAUACCACAGGGAUCAACAGUGUCGAAGGUGUUCGGAUCUAGGGCUUACGAACGCUACCGAUACGAUCUAACAUUGUUGGAGGCGACCUCAAGGAACGACGAUGGAGAAAACGUGUUUGCUCGGCUGGUGAAGGAAUCUACCGCGGCGCUGAUCAACUCCUACACUAGGACUGGGUAUCCGUACAGCGCUUGGGAGGUGAAGACCGCCGUGAUUCAAGGGUUAGUGUCUGAUGAGGCCGCGGCGAUACAUGCGCAACGGUUCUAUGAUGCCAAUAUGGCUUGUAGUUAAGUUAUGAAUCUAUUCUUUGUGUUUUUUGUUUAGCAUGAAGUGUUUUUGAAUUGCAUUUUGGUUAUCUCUAGAUUCCAUGUAUUAGUGCAAUUGUGUGAUUUGUGUAGUUAUCUAUUUAUUUCAAUCAAUGUAUUAUAUGUAUGGUUUGUUGUUA